AUGACGGAAGUAGAGCCGGUGUUGGACUUUGCCACCUCGGGCCGCUCGGGGAGGAGAAAUGCCCUGCCUGACAUCCUGGGCUCUCCGGCAGGCGUAAACCCCGGCGACCUGCCUCUUAAACUGGCUGAGCUGUCCCUCAAAGAUGGUCCAGGAGGGGCCCAGUCACCCACAGCAGAGGAGCCUCCAGCACCGCCGGAGAGCUCCGAGGGGAAAGAGGGAUCGUAG